AUGACAACGACAAAGACUUGGAUACCUAAACGACUUGAUGAAUGUGUUGUUUCAAAUGCACAGUGUUCAGUGUGGCUUCAGAAUUAUUUGGAACAAGUUGGGUUAGCAGUGCAAGUGUUUUCACUUGUUGAGAACAAACCGAUUGUUUUGGCAACGUGGCAAGGCAAAACUCCUUCCCUUCCUUCCAUUUUGCUCAAUUCACACUAUGAUGUAGUGCCUGUAGUUCGUCAACAUUGGAAACACGAUCCUUUUAAGCCAAGAGUUCUGGAUGAUGGGAUGAUUUAUGGUCGUGGAGUACAGGACAUGAAGAGCGUCGGUGUGCAGUAUGUUGAGGCAAUUUCUCGCCUGAAAGCGGAGGGGUUUGUGCCGAGCAGAAAUAUUCACUUGCUAUUUGUACCUGAUGAAGAAAUUGGUGGUGUUGAUGGCAUGGAGGCAUUCCUUGUCAGUGACCAGUACAAAUCCAUUCAGCCGGUGGCGUUUGCCUUUGAUGAAGGCCUUGCCAACCCGAAUGACGCGUUUACGGUGUUCUAUGGUGAACGUGUGCCCUGGUGGUUUUAUGUGACAGCUUCGGGACCUACUGGCCACGGGAGUCGCUUCAUCAAGAACACAGCAACGUCAAAGAUCAUCGACAUUUGUACCAAGGCCUUGGCAUUUCGCGCGGAGCAAGAGGCUCUUUUAGAUGCAGACAAUGGCUGCAAGCACGGCGACAUAAAGAAACGGAACCUCGGUGAUGUGACCACUGUCAACCUGAAUAUGCUGCAGAGUGGUGUGUCCCAGGAUGGUGGCAAGACACACGCCCUCAACGUUAUUCCAACGGAGGCUGUUGCUGGCUUUGACGUUCGUAUCUCUCCCAAUAUGGACGUGAAGAAGUUCAAGGCGAUGCUUGAUGAGUGGUGUUCUGCUGAAGGGCUAUCGUGGGAGUUUGUGUCAUGGUGGAAGAACCCUCUGCAUGAGCAUUACACGACAUCGUUGGACGAUGACAAUAUUUGGUGGAAGCUGUUUAAGGAGGGCUGCGAGAAAACUGGUGUAGCUGUUGAGACCGAGGUGUUUCCAGCUGCAACGGACAGCCGAUUUCUUCGUCAACUUGGUAUACCGGCCUUAGGGUUCUCUCCUAUGAACAAGACGGACAUUCUACUUCACGAACAUAACGAGUGUUUGCACAAGGAUGUGUUUCUUCGUGGUAUCGAUGUAUACGAGACAUUGUUCCGUCACAUGUUUGCAUAUGCUGAGACACCAUCACUCAUUCAGCCGCAGUAG